AUGGACAUCAGUCAUCAAUUUUUUCCGCUUCCAAGCGUAGUAAUACCGGAUAUCAUGAUUAGACGACCAUCUGUGAUAGAGUACAAUUUCGAGAGUGAGAGAAAAGCUAUUGCCGAUUAUGAAAAGAAUAAGGCUGACUUAGCAAUCAAAGUGAAGGAAGUGAAAACUAAGAAUGUAAUCUCUGGAAUACAAUCAAACAUUAUGGUUGAGAGAAUUCCAGAUGUAGCCUGCAAAUUACAUACUCGAAAAGUUCAUUCAGAUGUUAUACUGGAACCAAGUCGCUUUGUAGCCACUACUUCUCAACAGCAAAAUAUGAAACCAGUGAAACCAGCGCUGAAUGCCUUCGAAGAAUUUGAAUUGAAACCGAAUCUUUUUGAUCUCCUGGAAUUAAGUACUAUAGAUGAUAAAGCUGCCCUUGAACAGAUACUUGCCAAUGCACCGCCACCACUAUCCCCGAGCGUUGUCGGAAGUAACACUCAAUCUUCCUCAGGAUUACUGUCUUCAUCAUCGGUUCCAAACAUGAGUAUGAAAGUAUCAGAAACUGAUGAUACCCAACGUUUGUAUAAUUUGCCGACUACUCUUAAAAGCUACAACAGUUCAUUUGGUAUCGGCGUUCCUAGUGAUGGCGGUUCGUAUAGACUGGUGACAAUGAUGUCUUUCGAGGUCCUUUUUAUUGACAUAUUUCUUUUGGCCGUUCAAUUUCUGGAAACUUCCGCACUGCCUACUAUAUUUCCAGAGAGUGUCUUUACGAUUGGACAAUUAGCGUAUAGGCGAUUACUACUGGAUCCGCAAUCCGCAUCGCUUUAUGUGGGUGCAAAUGGUCACUUAUUCCGACUGUGGGCAUAUAAUAUCAAUGCAACUGUAUCUGCUGACGGCUUGUAUGCUCACGCAGAACUUCCGGUUUCCCGAUCCGAUGCUGAAGAGUGUCGUCGCGCUGGCCACGCGGAGUGUAUCAAUGCAGUACGACUUAUGUUCUUGAAGGAAGGUCACCAGACGUUGCUGGUUUGCUCUUCGAAUGCUAUGAAGCCGCAGCUGCGUGAAUUGGAUGCACUUUCGCUACAGGAACGUUCUUCACCCGAAAAUGUUAUCGGUGUCUGUUCAGCUCACAUGGAUCUCAAUACAACAGCGGUACUUGUCGAGUGGGGUAAUCCGGAUGAUAUACCUGCCAUUUAUUCUGGUAUCAGAACAGGUCUUAUUCUCGAUAACAAUCUCAUUUAUCGGCCACCACUGGUCAAAAACAACAAGGAAGUGUAUUCCUCAAUGCGAACCAUUUAUACAGAUUCGAAAUGGUUAUAUGAACCGGAUUUCGUGGCAUCGUUCAACAUUGACAAGUAUGUUUAUUUCUUUUUUCGUGAAGUAGCGAUUGAACGAGAAAACUGUGAGCGUAUUGUCUUCUCUAGAGUUGCUCGUAUUUGCAAGAAAGAUAUUGGUGGGAAAAACGUGCUGCGACAAGUUUGGACUACUUUUGUCAAAGCUCGUCUAAACUGCUCAACUUCUUCAAAGUUUCCCAUUUAUUUCAAUGAAUUGCAAUCACUGCAAAUCGUAGACGGUAGAUCUGACAGUUUGUUCUACGCUACUUUCACAACACCUGAAAUCUCCUUUGGCGGUAGUGCUGUUUGUGUAUUUUCGUUAAAUAAUAUCAAUCAGCUGUUCGACCAUGGAUAUUUUUUGGAGCAAACUUCAUCCGAUAGUGGUUGGGUCGCUACGCCAUCCAAAAAUGUACCUGAAUAUCGUCCUGGAACGUGCACAACUAAUUCAGCAUCUGUCCCGGACAGUAGUUUACAUUUUGCGCGAUCUCAUUUAUUAAUGGCAGAUGCUGUCUCAGCUGAUCUUCCACUGCUAAUAUUGCGUGAUGAACUGCUAACAUAUAUUGCUGUUGACACAAUGGCAGAUGUCAACGUUAUCUUCGUUUAUUCGCAUAGUUCCCAAAGACUUCAUAAAGUAGCACAUUGGUUUGAAGAAGCAGAGGGGCACUCAAAAUUGCUAGCCACAUAUGCUUUGAAAAAUACUGGACCUAUUUUCGCUAUGACACUGCUGUCUGGCGAAUUUGUCUAUUUAUCGAGUGAGGAUAAUGUUGCUCAAUAUUUCGUGGCCCAGUGUUCGCUUUACACUAGAUGUACCCAAUGUGCUGUUGAUCCUUAUUGUUCAUGGAAUACUGCUCGUGGAUUAUGCUAUAAACGUGAACAAGCCCACUUGUCGGUUGAUGGGUGGGUCAGUUCUAGUUCGAAAAAUAUUGACAAAUGUCUAGAGCACGUAAAACGAAUAACAAUUGAAGCCCACGUUGGUGAUACAUUGCAUCUCACGUGUAUGGCUCAGUCAACAUGGAUCUUCAAUACUAAACCAGUUUCACCGUCUCCAAAAAGACAGUUAACAACCGAAGGAGGACUCGUUGUUUUCAAUGCGAGUGUUUCUGGGACGGACAGUGGUACCUAUGAAUGCAUUAUAGAUAAAAAAACUGCUAUGAUAUACAAAAUUAUGGUCGAUGAUGCUGAAUGCGCACAACCGACUAGUGUAGCUCAGUUCAAAUCAAAGUACCGAGAAUGGUGUCAAAAAUUUGCCAAAUACAAGUACUCUGCUGAAAGAUGGCAGCUUUGGCAGAGAACUGUCCCAAGCAAAGAUUCACCGAUUUUAAUCAUAUUACGAUUGAAUAAUCAUAACUGGAUAGAUCAAUAUACUUCUAAAGUGCGGUCAGAUGCAAUGGCGUUGUGA